UAAGCAUAUCCGUGUUAGAGUCAAUGUGAACUUUCCAAACAAGAUUUAUUUCGGCAGACAUUAUGCCGUUUUUAACACAGGUUUUAGCAAAGAGACCUUCUCCUUUUUGGAAAAAAGGACAGCUUCCCCGAGCCCCAAAAGCUAGGAUUGCGGGAGUUCCCGCUUUAAGGAAUAAAAUCGCAAACAAAGACAUUACUGGCUUUGAUGGCCAUUGUAAUACAGAGUUACAGAAUAUGCUUGCCUGUCUGAAGAAAGCAGCUUACAAUGAAUCACCCUGUGAAGCAGAGAUACUCAGCUAUAAUUCAUGUAUGAAAAAGGCAAUAGCAUACGAGCGAGUGGUAAAAGCCAACAAGUUUGUGAUAAAACCGAUCAAAGGUUCAGAUGGGAGAGAAAAAUUUCCGCCCACCGUGAUCAACAAAGUCUUGUCCAGAUUUCCUAUGAAAUACAGAAAUAUCAAAAUUGAAUGACAGAGUGUUUCUAGUGGAUGUGCGGUCUGAAUGGAUUAAGUAUGCGUGUGACGAUGAUAAAUGUAUGUUUCCUAUCUGUAAUAAAUGAGGAAAUGUU